ACAAGUCACAACUCACAACCCCAUUUUAGCUCAUAUUACUGCUGUUACUAUUUCUAUCACUAUUACCAAAAAACAAAAAUACCCAUCUGCUUUUUUGGAGUUUUUGUGGAUUUGUGGAAGUGGGUUUUUCUUUUUGCGGCAUUUUUUCCAAUACCCAUUUUAGUUGAGGCGAUUAUGGCGGCGGCGGGCGAAGUUCUCCGGCCAAACUUACCGGAAAACGUUGAAGUUUCCGGCGACUCGCCGUCGGAGCUUCAUGUUCUUGCGGUUGAUGAUAGUCUUGUGGACAGAAAGGUAAUUGAGAGGCUGCUUAAGAUCUCGUCGUGUAAAGUGACUGCUGUGGAGAGUGGGACGAGAGCCUUGCAAUUCCUGGGAUUGGAUGGCGAGAAGAACUCAGUUGGAUUUAAUGGUUUGAAGGUAAAUCUCAUAAUGACGGACUACUCAAUGCCAGGGAUGACAGGAUAUGAACUGCUCAAAAGGAUCAAGGAAUCCGCAGCUUUCAGAGAGGUUCCCGUGGUUAUAAUGUCGUCAGAGAACAUCCUUACUCGUAUUGAUAGGUGUUUGGAGGAAGGUGCAGAGGAGUUUAUAGUGAAGCCAGUAAAACUUUCUGAUGUGAAUCGCUUGAAAAAUUUCGUAAUGAAAGGAGAAGGAAAUGAUAAUCAAGAUAAAAGACUUCACAAGAGAAAGAAGCUUGAAGAUGACAAUAGUACAUUGUCGUCACUGCCGCCUCUCUUUCCAUCGUCGUCCCCGGUUUCUCGUAAUCUAGAAUUGCGCCAGCACCGGUCUGCAUCACCUUCAUCGGCGUUGUCGUCGCCUAGAUGUUCGUUGAAGAGGCCAAGAUUGCAACUUACAGAUUAAAUUCGUAGUAACACUUAACGAGAAGUUUUUGUUGAUUGUUUUUGCUUUAUUAUAUGUUGUAACCGCCCAUGUAAAUGAUGAAAUGACGAGUUCAUAAGAC